AGAAGGAAUGUGGGACCUCCGGAGGGUUUCUGGGAGGGUGCUGCCGAGCUGCUGGCAUUGCAGCAGGAGGUGGGUGAGACCUCGCACCCUUCACCGAGGCAGACACCAGCGGCACCAUCAGUAGAACCCCGGCUGCCCACCCGCCCCACUGCCAGCUCUGCAGUGCCGAAGAAGGAGAAACCCCUGGAAGAUGAUGAAUCCCAAAAAGUGGUGACAAAGGGUCCCAGGUCUGAGCUCACGGGUGCUCCUGAAGCUGUGACAUGUCAGCCCCAGGUGCGAGCAACCCCACAGACCCCCAGCUCCUGCACCCACCUUCUGCCCAACGGUGCUGGGCGGGGACCAGAUCCAGGAGGUGCCAACGGGGAGGCAGGGAACGGGGUCUUCCGCCCCCUCCCCAGCAAUCAGAAGCCCCACCGAAAGCUGCAGUCUCACCACUCCAUCAACAGCCAGAGCAGCAAGAAGAGCAAGGGCAGCUCCAAGUCAGCCUCUUCUCACAUCCCUAUUGAGGCACAAGAAG